AUGUACAGACGAGGAAGAUAUGUCCGGCGCAUCGAAAGUACAUCAUCGGAGGACGACGAAGUACUUACACAAACUACAGAAGAAACGGUGAAUCAAGAAUUGUCGCAUAGUGAUUUUGACGAUAAAUCUAACGAUGAAGACGUUAGUCAAGAUAGCUGUGACGACUCCACAAAGCAAAGCAGUCCUAUUGAUGAAACAGUAGGUUCACCGACAUUACCGUCAGAAUCCCCUCAUACUUCUUCACCUGCUCUAGAAGCGGUGCCACGGCAAACAGUACUUGAACAGGUAAACGCUAAUCGGAUCAAUCGUAUGGAAAAGAUGAUCGAAAACAUAAACAACGCAUUGAAUCGCUUCCAAGCACCACCGACACACUCCGAUGAAAUUGAUAAGAGCUGGAAGUUUUCGAAUGAAACGGACCAAUGCGGGAGAGCCGAAUACUCCACCUCACAUAUACGAUGGGAUCACCUGAAAGCUUUCCCGAGCGGGAUAGCCGCAAACAAGAUGUGGGAGGAGUGGAACCGCUACGUUGAAAAUUUUGAAAUAGCGGCAUCACUUAGCAAUGUAACCGACCCCGUCAAAAGAACUCAAUUACUGUUCCUUUCAAUGGGAGACGAAAAGCAAGGAAUCGUAAAAGCCGCCAAAUUGCGCCAAGGUUUAUCAAACCCCGGCUGUUACAGCACGUUUGUGACUAACAUUCAGCAGUACUUACGCUCUAUGACGGAUACUGCCGCCGAGCACGAAGCGUUUUCAAAAAUGACGCAAGCCAAUGGCGAAUCAGCAGUUGCUUUUCACGCAAGAUUAAUGUGCAAGGUUAGAUCCUGCAACUACAGCAUUGAAGAUGAGGACAGAUUCGUCCGGGCUCAGCUCCUGACUGGUCUCAGGAACCGAGAAUUGGUAAAACAAUCAAGAACAUACGGCUACGAUACGAAUUUUAUCGUUCAAUCGGCGACACGCAAUGAAGCUUUCGAAUCGGAAAUUAAACAACGAGAUGAACACAGCGUGCUGGAAAAUCGAAGCGACCGCAGUCGGCAGCCCUACGACCAAGUAAACCGUAAGCGUCUGAAUACAAACAACAGGAAUGGUGGACCCCCAAAAAGCCAGCAACGUUACAAUGACUCUAGCCAACGACCAUCCGAUCGGCGGUCAAGAUGCACCAGAUGCUUCCUCGUUAAUCAUCGAAAUGGUAUAUGCCCGGCACUCAACCGUAACUGCAACGUGUGCGGUAAACGUGGUCACUUUGCAGCGGUCUGCCGACAAAAACAAGUCAAUGUCAUUCAUAGCAGACCAACUAACAACAUGAUGAAUCUGAUCCCUCAGACGACCAUAUCCCGGAGAACAAACAGAUGCUCAACGCCCUUUCACUCGAAGAUGUUGUAAUCCCUUGUUCCAUUGGAUCAUCUUCACCUAUCCGAUUCCUAAUUGAUUCAGGCGCAGACGUAAAUGUUAUAGGAGG